AUGAUGGCUCCUCCAAAAGAUCUUGACCUCGAAACCCUCGCAACCCCCGAGAAUUGCGUAGCAGACUUCUGCCUCAUCCCUAUUGGGACCACGGUGUCAGUGUCGCAAGAAGUUGCAGAUGUUCAGCGCUUGAUGCAAAAGAGCCAUCUCAGCUAUUCGAUGCAUUCCGCAGGAACGACUGUGGAAGGUCCUUGGGAUGAUGUGAUGCGUCUCAUUGGUCAGGCGCAUUUUAUGUUGCACCAAAAAGGGAUCGUGAGGAUACAGACUGAUAUUAGGGUCGGUUCAAGGACGGAUAAGAAACAGAAGUUCAGCGAGAAGGUAACGGCCGUGAAUGAAAUUCUAGCAGCCGAUGUCAAGUGA